AUGAGCAAUAGCAGAAAUCGUGAGAUUGGAAGAGAUGCGUCGGAUGAUGAGGGUAGGAGUAUUUCUGUGAGCUCUGUUGGUAGUGCUGGAGCCAAGAUGAAAAAAAGAUUCGUUGCCCUGAAAUGCAAUUGUGGGAUUCAUGCAAUUCUAUUCAUGUCAUCAACAAAGUCGAACCCUAACAGGCUAUUCUUUGGAUGCCCAAAUUUUAAGAUUGCACAAGGUGGUUGCAAAUAUUUUCAAUGGUUGGAUGAAUAUGUUUCACUGUUUGAAGAGGAGCAAAUAAAUGAUGGCAGUCCUUAUGUUCGGAAUCGAAAGCAAAAUAAUUUUUUGGAUGCAGAUGUUUGGAUGGAGGAGAAAGUGACAAAGCUAGAGGACAGAGUUUCUGGGUUAGAGUUGCAGAUGAAAAAUUCUAGCCACGAUAAGUUUAACAGUGUAAAUCUGAGUUUAUUAAAUGAAACAACUGUGUUGGUUGUUUGGAAAAGGGACAUUGUGUAA